UUCAUAUGGGGAUGUUGAGUUUUCUACUCUUAGGCUUUAUUUUUGAAAGCCUUUGCCUCCUGCAGGUUUUUGGGGAUAUUUCUGAAAAGCGUUAUUCAAGAUCUGUGGUGAAUUUGGUUGAUCUACUAAGAACGGAUUAUGAUUUGGCACUCAAUCUGGAGAAGUACGCGUCUUUGCUCUCCAAAAAAGCCAAAUUAAUAAGGAGGGGUAUUCACCAGAUGCAGGAAAUGGAUCAAAAAGAUAAGUCGGAAUCUACGAAUAUUUGGGAUAGCCCUUUCAACGCUUUUUCCCUCAUCCGUCACAUGCAGGCGGAUUGGUUGAUGUGGCUUCAUUAUCUGGAAAAGCCUGUGGGCCAGGAAGAAGUAGCUUAUUUGGAGGGCAAAAUUCCCGACUUACCGCAUGAAGUUGAUUUUGAAGACGCUGCUGAAGGGAUGAGAAGAAUGCAAGGGACAUACGAGUUGUUAAGCAGUGAUAUGGCCAAGGGUUUGUUGGAUGGAGUGCAAUACAACUCUUCGUUGGCAGCUGUUGAUUGCCUGGCAAUUGGUCAACAUCUCAUUAACAACAUGCGCUGGAAAGCUGCAGAGCAAUGGAUUAUUUCCGGUUUUGAAGCCCAUGCUCGAGAAGUUCCUCAGACAGAAAUGCAGUUGCUAAAAGGACCUAUCAAAAGUGAGCUUUAUAAGAAACUGGGAGACUUGCGGGUCCAGGAAGGAAAACCAGAAAAAGCCUUGGAGGCUUAUCAGACUGCCCUACGAUAUUCACUCCAUGAUGUGGAGCUGUAUCACCAGUAUCAAAACUUGGAAGAUCAAAUUCAUACAUUAUCAGUAGCCGAACCGAUUGAGGAGCUUGAUGAUGAGUACGAACAAAUGCAUUUGCCACCUUGUUGCAGUGGCCGCUGUAAGGUGCCCCGACACCUUAGAAAACUAUAUUGUGUGUACAACCAUGUAACCAAUCCAUUUCUGCGACUGGCCCCCAUUAAGACCGAGAUCCUUUCGGUUGAUCCCUUCGUCAUUAUCCUACAUGACAUGGUCUCUAAAAAGGAAAGCACCCUUUUACGAUCUAUAAGCAAAGAGGCCUUGGAACCUUCUGAAACAGUCAACGCCGAAAAUAAGAAAUAUAUGGUCGACCGCAAUCGUCUUUCAAAGUCUGUGUGGUUUGAAACGAAUAAAACCGAAGUCACCAAGAUACUCUCCAAGCGCUUGGGAGAUGCCACCGGCCUGGAUAUGAAUCGUUCGGAGCCCUUCCAGGUCAUUAACUAUGGAAUAGGAGGGUUCUUCGGAUCCCACUGGGACGCCUUGUACUUGAAUGAGCACCGUUUCGGUGUUGGAAUUAUUGAUCGAAUUGCUACCUCGCUAUUCUAUUUAACUGAUGUACCCCAAGGCGGCGGUACAUAUUUCCCAGGACUUAACAUCACGGUUUUUCCGAGGGCCGGAACGGUCCUCUUUUGGUACAAUUUCGACAUGACAGGCGAUGAGCACCUCCGAAGCAUGCACACCGGCUGCCCCGUCAUCGUGGGCUCAAAAUGGGUUGUAAGCAAGUGGAUAGAGGAUAAAGGACAAGAGUUCAGAAGACCCUGCGUAAAUUCGGGUUCAAACACAAAGUAUUUGUUAUCUGUGGAAAAGCUUUUAAUAUAACCUUUUAUG